CACAAAUUAAACAACUCAAAAAAAAAAAAAAAAAAAAAAAAAGAAUGAACGAUUUAUUCUCGGCCGGAUCUUUCUCCCGUUACCGGGAUCAAGAUUCCCACAGCAUAGAGAUGACAACCGGCGGCGUCAACCUCGACCGGUUCUUCGAAGACGUCGAGUCAAUCAAAGAAGAGCUCACAAACCUCGAAACCCUCUACACAAACCUCAACGCCGCCCACGAGCAGAGCAAAACCCUCCACAACGCCGCCGCCGUCAAAAGCCUCCGCUCCAAAAUGGACGCCGACGUCGCCGCAUCCCUAAAAAAAGCCAAGCUCGUCAAGGUCAAACUCGAAGCCCUGGACCGGUCCAACGCAGCCAACCGCAGCGUCCCGGGCUGCGGCCCUGGAAGCUCCUCCGACCGGACCCGCACCUCCGUAGUCAACGGCCUGAGAAAAAAACUCCACGACGCAAUGAAUCGGUUCAACGACCUCCGCCAGAAGAUGGGGUCGGAGUACAGGGAAACAGUCCAGAGAAGAUACUACACAGUCACCGGAGAAAACCCCGACGAGAAACUUCUGGACAGCCUGAUCGAGACCGGGGAGAGCGAGAAUUUUCUGCAGAAGGCGAUACAGGAGCAGGGGAGAGGGCAGGUGAUGGACACUGUAAUGGAGAUUCAAGAAAGGCACGAUGCGGUGAAGGAGAUGGAGAAGAAUCUGAUGGAGCUGCAUCAGGUGUUCUUGGAUAUGGCGGUUUUGGUGCAGAGCCAGGGCGAACAGCUGAAUGACAUUGAAGGACAGGUUAUGAGAGCUAAAUCGUUUGUAAGAGGUGGGACUGAGCAGCUUGUGAGUGCCAGAACUUUGCAGAAGAAUUCAAGGAAGUGGGCUUGUUUUGGUAUUGUUCUUGUUCUUGUUGUUAUUUUGAUUAUUGUUCUUUCUCUUCAGCCAUGGAAGAAAUGAAUUCAGCUUUUUACCUUCAUUUCUUCAAUCCUGGUCUUUUUUUUUUUUUUUUUUUUUUUUUGUGAUCAGUUUAAUUUUAAUUUUUUUUUAAGUUAUUGUGAGUUUUAUCUUAUUGGAUGUUGAGUAUUUAUUUCCUCGAUGAUUAGAUCAUCAUUAUAUUCUACUAUAAAUUAGUAAGAAUAUAAUUGGGGUGACAUUUUAUGUGUUUAAUACGAUUUUUUUUUUUUUUGUCAUUUUUAUGGAUGUAUAUGUAAGGGUAAAUUACGAAAGUCGAAAAAAUUCUCUCAUGUUUGAAU